GUUUUUGAUACUGCAGACACCUGCUUCACAAUUGCUUACUCAUGCAUAAUGCUCAACACCUUGUUGCAUAAUCCAAAUGUGAAGGAUCGACCAACGUUUGAACGUUAUCAGAAUAUGAAUAAGGAACUACUUGAUGCUGGAUCGGUUAGUACAGCAAUACUAGCACAAAUAUUUGACUCUAUACGCACUCGAGAGUUCAAAAUCCCAUGCGAUGAUGCAGCGCGGUUAGACAAUAUUUUCCUGCAUCCCGAUCGUGAAGGUUGGCUGUAUAAGCAAAGCAGCAGCCAAUUCAUAUCUGGACCACUGUCGUGGAAGAGGAGAUGGUUUGUCCUUAGCGACUCCUGUUUGUACUACUUCGACCAGACAGGCGACAAAGAACCGCGGGGAAUCAUUCCGCUACAAAACGUAGGAGUACGACGAGUGGAAAAUGCGUCUCGUCCGUUCAUGUUCGAAAUAUUCUCAUUAUCGGAAGAUGGACGUAUAAAAGCGUGUAAAACGGAACAAACGGGUAAGCUGGUCGAAGGUCGGCAUAGCGUAUAUCGAAUCUGUGCGUCAAGCUCUGAAGACAUGAACGCGUGGCUUGAAGCCAUCGCUGGAGCAGUCACACAUUAUCCGACGCGACCACGAAGCGCUCAUUAG